AUGAAAUGUGAAUCUAGGCAAGGCCGGGGGCCUGAGUGGAACGGGGAGGCCGCUGGGCCUCUGCUGCCUGCGAUGCAGAGAUGGAGUCGCCAGAAAAUAAAAUUACCCAAAAAGACAGCUAGGCAUUACCCAGCAUAUGAACUCUAUCUCUACGGAGAAGGAAAUUAUGCCGAAGCCAAUAAAAAUCUGAUAUUGACAGGAAUUCCAGUUCUCUUUCUUCCUGGAAAUGCUGGGAGCUAUAAACAAGUACGUUCUCUUGGCUCUAUUGCACUUAGAAAAGCGGAAGAUGUUGACUUCAAGUACCAUUUUAAUUUCUUCAGCGUCAACUUCAAUGAAGAGUUGGUUGCGUUGUAUGGUGGCAGUCUACAAAGACAGACCAAAUUUGUGCACGAGUGCAUAAAAGUAAUUCUCAAGUUGUAUCGGGAUCGGGAGUUUGCACCAAGCAGUGUUGCAAUAAUAGGUCAUUCCAUGGGUGGGCUCGUUGCAAGAGCGUUGCUUACUCUGAAGAAUUUUAGGCCUGAACUUAUAAACCUCCUCGUUACACAAGCCACACCUCAUGUAGCACCUGUAAUGCCUUUGGACAAAUACCUUACGGAUUUUUAUACAGCUGUGAACAGUCAUUGGAUUCUGAAGGCCCAAGAUUUAAGAAAUUUAACUACCCUUUCUGUGGCUGGAGGAUUCAGAGAUUAUCAAGUUCGUUCAGGAUUGACUUUUCUACCAAGACUGAGUCAACAUGACAGUGCCUUAUCAGUUGUGAGCUCAGCAGUGCCUCGAGCUUGGGCCUCAACAGACCACCUCUCCAUAGUGUGGUGCAAAGAACUGAUCCUGGCUACAGUCAGAGCUUUUUUUGACCUCAUAGAUGAAAACACAAGGCAGAUAACUGAGAAUCCAAAGAAGAGAAUGUCAGUAUUGAAUCACCACUUUGUGAGACAUCCUGCAAAAAUAUUUGAGGAAAAUCCUGAAACUUUCACAGAACUCACAGGAGCUUUCAUGUGGAUUAAUGUUAAAGCUUCAAAAUGGACCUAUUCAGCAUACAAUGACACAAAUAGCUGGAUUUAUGGCUGUGUAAGCAGCAAUUCAUCUAUGUGCCUGGAAGCCACUGAUUUAUCCUGGAGGGCUGAGUUACUUCCAGCUAUCAAGGUUGUAAUACUGAAACUUGAGGAUUAUCCUUCUUUAUCCCAUAUUGUCAUUUAUGUACAACCCACAGUUGGCAAGAAGUUUACUUUGGACUGUGAAUUCUUCCAAGAGGAUUCCAGAACAGUGCAGCUUCCUGUAACAUAUCUCCUUUCUUUUGGGCUUUUUUCAAGGAAAAUUGUGCUAAAUUCAACAGGCUUACUUUACAAUGUACAGCUCCAGGAUUUUGACCAAAUAUAUCAAGCUUUCAAAAUCUAUAUAGAGAGCCAUUGCCAAUUACCCAAAGAAAGAAAACCUAGUGUUUACAGACUUCAUAUACCCUGGUCACAUGAAGACUCAAUAACUGUAGCUAAAGUUCCAUCUCUUACUGAGAUCUCAGCAAAACUGCAUAUUGCACAGCCUGAAAAUGACAGCAGGGUUCCAGUGCUAAACAUUUACUCUUCCUCUGACUGUCAGUACGAGGUAAUCCUGAAGACAUCACUUUUACAGGUUCUUGGGCAAAUAAUAAGGUUCCAUGGCUGUUCUCUUCCCGUCUACAUUGUUUCUAAUAUUCUUCUCACCUAUGGAGGCCAAUUAAGCACAUUGAUAUCAACGGGCCAGUGUUCAGAAUUUCCUCUUGAACUAGUUAGGACAGCUAAACCCUACAAAGUAGACCCUAUUAUAAGCAUUGUUGUGUUUCUGCUGGGGUUUAACUGGUUUAGAGAGAUAUGGGAUUCACUGUCACUACCAGAGGUGGAUGCUGCAGUACUGAGUAGUCAGGAUGCAUGGUUCCCCCUUGUGUCCCUGAUUCUAUUUCUUUUUGGGACAGGCAUUGCAUACUGGAGUGGUGUAUUUUUCUCUUCAUCUCUGAGACUCUUCUCUUUGAUAUGGUUAACUCUAAUAAGACCUUCUGUACGUCAAAAAGAUACCAGGCUGAUGACACCCCGAAGAGUGUGCAUGGUGGUGUCUCUUGCUUUGGUUAGCUGGACCACUUGUGGUGCAUUUGCAGUACUCAUGGUUUAUCUUCGAUAUGUGUUUAAGGUUAUUAAACUGUAUGCAAGCGUAAGAGCAGAACAAAAUGUGCUUAAUGGGGAUUCAGAGCACUCGGAAGAAACUUCACGGAAUGCCGUUAAACACACAGUCAAGAAACGAGAUUCAGUACAUGGAGCAUCAGAAGAAACACAGCCUCUCUGCAACAACAGAACAGUUGCUGAAGAUGUCAACAGUCUUCGGAUGCAUGUAACAAUCCUCAAUUUAUUCACAUGGAUUAUGCUGCUCAACUUGCCAUCUUUAAUUUAUUGGUUAAAAAAUCUCAGGUACAACGUUAGACUUGAUCCUGACCCAUGUAGAUCUACCGCUAUUAUCCUUGUAUCCGUUUUAGAAAUUCUCAUGAAUUCAAGCACUUCUGAAGUGAAAUCAAGUAAACUCUUGAAGAUUGCAGCCAAAAUUCCACUCCCUUUGUCUGUUGCAAUGCUGGCCUUUGGGCAAAUGCAUUUAUACAGAAUACCCCACUUUAUAACUUUUUCUCUUCUUCUACAUGUAUUGUGUUGUACUGUAUAA